GCGGUAGGGCACGCCUGGGCGAGGAGUGUCCGGUAGGCGUAGAGCGAUUGAGACUACGGAAUGGCUAGGUUCUACAGGAACCCCGUGCUGGAGCAUUGUUGCAUGUUUUGCGAUGCAGCAUCACUGUACUGUGGCACAGUUGCAUGGUAAUUGGACUGUGUGAGCUGUACUGGGAGCCAUGGAAAAGGAGGGCAGCAUCCAGCUGGAGGUCCCGGAUUUCAGCAGCUCUGUGCUGGCCCAGCUCAACCAGCUGCGGAUGCAAGGGCGGCUCUGCGACAUCGUGGUCGACGUCCAGGGGAAGUCCUUCCGCGCCCACAAGGCUGUGCUGGCCGCCAGCUCACCCUACUUCCGUGACCACAUGUCCCUGGGUGAGAUGAGUGCCGUUUCCAUCUCUGUCAUCAAAAGCCCGGCGGUGUUCGAGCGCCUGCUGGCCUUCUGCUACACAGGCAAGUUGUGCCUGCAGGUGGCCGACAUCAUCAGCUACUUGACAGCGGCCAGCUUCCUCCAGAUGCAGUACAUCAUCGAUAAGUGCACACAGAUCCUGGACGGCAUCCACUUUCGCAUUGAUAUCUCCGAGGUGGAGGCAGGGCUGAGCCAGGAUGGGUCAAAGCGCCCGGGCCAGCCCCGUGGUGGGGGAAGUGCCCUUCCCCCGAAUCCACGGCGAGGGCGGGCAUCCUCAAACUACGCAGGGGGUGCAGCCCACGGGAGCCCACUGCCCGACGAGUUGGGGGCCGAGGGUGGCAAUGACGAGAGGCUGGUGCGCAUCGACCGAGUGGGCCAGUGGUACGUGGAGACUGGUGUCAGUAGUGACCGCAGCCCGGAGACCAUCCGGCAGAUCAGCAGCAUGCGGAUCAAGACGGAGACCCCAGAUGAGUGGAUUGUGUCGGAAAACCAGCCAUCCGGGGAGGACGGCAGUAGUGCAGAGGAGGUGACAGCCAUGGUUAUCGACAGCGCUGGUCACAGCACCCUGGUCCAGGAUGCCUUUCACACCACGGCCUCGAGCGGCAAGACCUCCAGACCCUCCAGCAGCUUCAGUGAGAUGGACAGGUUUAGCCCAUCGGGCAGUGUAGUUUGCACCGUGUCGGAGCGUCACAGAGCGAGGAGUGAGUCUCCAGGCAAAAUCGAUGAGCAGAAGCAGUCCAAUUCACAGACUGGUGACGUCCCACUUUUUGGCGCCACUGGCUACGAAGAGUACCUCCGGGACCAAGAAGUGGCUGAGCGCUGGUACCGUUACAAUCCUCGGCUGACGUGCUUGUACUGCGGCAAGUCUUUUAACCAGAAGGGGAGCCUGGACCGCCACAUGCGGUUGCACAUGGGCAUAACGCCUUUUGUGUGCCGGAUCUGUGGGAAAAAGUACACCCGCAAGGACCAGCUGGAAUAUCACAUACGCAAGCACACUGGGAAUAAGCCCUUCCACUGCCAUGUGUGCGGCAAGAGCUUCCCAUUCCAGGCCAUUUUAAACCAGCACUUCAAAAAGAACCAUCCUGGCUGCACAUUGCUGGAAGGGCUGCACAGUAUCUCACCAGAGACCACCUCCAAGGGACAGAAUGGUGAACAGUCGCCACUUCAGGACCAGCCAAAAGCAGUGGGUGAACUAAUUCACACUUCCAUCUCAACUACAGGGCCUGACUGACUGCGUACUGGGGGCAGACGUCUGUCUGAGAGACUCCGGGGACACUGUUUUUCUUUAGAGUGGACUAUUUCAUUUGGAUUUAGAACCAUUUAUAUCAAGGGUUUUUUCUGCAGGAAAGGAAGAUUAAGCCUCCCAGCUGCAGGGUUGCUGAAAUUCACUAUCAACCAUUACCCUUUCCAUUAUCAUGACUUUUCCCUGCCUUAUAAAAGUAACAAGAAAGGGAUUCUUGGGUGUAUAAAGAUGAGAAGGGGCGGUGGGGAGAAAGUACCCUGGAUAUUAGAAGACUGAGUAGCUAAUGUUGAAUGACCAGAUCCAAUAAAAGGUAUUUUGCUGUAAGGAUCCCAGUGAUACUCUUAGGAUAGUUAGUAAACAGUCUGAGCCCCCUCCUGAGCUCAUCCCUCAGUAGGUCCUGGGUAGAUCCAGAGGUGCCUCCCUGAAGCUGUUGAAGUGAUUUAUUCAGAGCUGUCACCAUCUAGAAGGGACAACAUAAAAGAAAACAAGACCUUCAGGAAAGAUGUUACUGUUCAGGCAGUUUGGGGGUGAAAAAUGCUGGGGAGGGGAAAUGGAUCUGGAGUGGAACAUCCUAAUUAUGUUCCUCAGUGUGAGGUGACUUGUGCGGCAAAUGGAAAACCCUGUGGUUCUGUACAUUUCUGUAAACGACUGACAAAUGUGUUUUAAACCAUAGAUAGUGCUUAAAAGAAAUGAAAAUACUCCAAAUGAACAUGGGUGCCCUGGUUUGACAGUAGAUUUACAGUUGAGUGGAUUUGAGUGUGUCAUGUUUCUCAUAGUGUAUGUGUCCUUUAACCCAAGAGAUCCCUUUCAGGAAUGAAAGUCUAUCAUAGUUUAUCUAUCUAAAAUACCUGCUCUGAAUUUUCCAAUGAAGCAUUUCUGUGUGAGUUUGUGAAGCUGUUUUUAUCAAAAAUGGAUUGAGGAAAUGUACAGAACACAGAAUAUUCCAUAAUUUAUAGCAUUCCUAGAAUAAACUAAAUGAAGUCAUUGAUCUUUCGACUUUGGUGCAGAAAUGCUUCUGAAGAACACGUUAGAGGAAUGGGGCAGGGAAUGCAGUAGGUGGGAAUCGGAGUGCUUCAACUCGCCCUUCUUGUGCAACCUGUGUCUCUAACAAGGUGCUCCACUGUGACACGAUUGGAAUCUGUUUCUCUCUCUUUCUCAUGCUGUAAAAUUUUUGUUUUACUUUCAAUUGAUGCUGUUUAUUGUUCUGGUAAUGAUUUCAGCUUAAUGGAUGGUGGAAAAUCUACUAUUGAUGAGGAAAACAGAGAUGAUGAUUGGAAGAAUUUAUAGGUAGAGGGAGAGAAAAAGUGGGGUUCCUGAACAAAGUUAGAGUUGGGCCAUUUCGUAGUGAUAUGUUCAGACAGAAAGAGGGAAUUCUCUUCCUCAGUAGGAACCUGAGGCGUUACUUUUUCACCCAGAGUGGUCAGUAUAUGGAAUUAGCUGCCAGAGGAAGUGGUUGAGGCAGGUACAUUAACAACAUUUAAAAGGUACUUGGACAGGUGCAUGGAUAGGCAAGGUUUAGAGGGAUAUGGGUCAAACGUGGGCAUAUGAGACUAGCUUAGAUGGGAAUCUUGGUUGUCAUGGACCAGUUGGGCCCAAGGGCCUGUUUCUGUGCUGUGUGACUCUAUAAUAAAACUAUUGAGGCUCAGGGCCAAUUGAACAUUUCAAAACUAAGGUUGAUAAGAUUUUUGUUCAUACAAGGGUAUUAAUGAAAUGGGAUUUGUUAUAAGGAGUUAAGAGACAGAUCAGCCAUGCUUUAACUGAAUGGAAGAAGGAGCUCAAUGGACUGAAUGGUUUCUUUCUGUUCCAAUGGCUACUAACAACCAGGACCAUAAGUGUUUCAUAUUACAAAGUCUUGAAGAGCUGCGUGAGUCGGAGCUGCUGUUGUACUCAGGGUGUGAAUGAUUUAAACCAAUAACUAGCUUUGUGUAAUUAGGUGGACCUAGCCAGGACAAAUACUGAAACAAAAACAGCUUGGAUGGAGCUUGCCAUGGGAUGAAUCAAGCAGUGAUCAGGGACCACUAAGUUUGUGAAGGAGUUUUACAUCACUAUUCCUGGAAUGGUGUGUGUUACGAAACUUGCAUUCAAUCAGGAACAAGCAGAACUGUGGCCAAAAUAAGGAUUAUUUACUUAAUGCUACAAACAAAUGGACGGUAAACAUAGUCCAUUCUUCCCAAAUAGUUCUUGGAAGCAGAUCAUCCCAAAUCAUAUUUACCCAUAAUUUUCAAAAAUCCAUCCACCCCAACUAAUUCCGAAUGGUGUCUUAGUUUCUGUCUUAGCUGCUAACCCUGUCGAUGAACUCCAUGAAAAGCAAGGGGCCCAGUACUGAGCGCCUUCAGUAACGCCUCCUCGGCAACUGAAAUCUGCCUUUUACCUUUCGCUUCCUGCCACUGAGCUUAAUGUUUAAUGCAAUUUGCUCCUCUUCUCUUCGAUCCCAGGGGUUUUGCUUUCUUCAUCAAUCUGCCAUGUGUGACUUUGUCAGACACCUUGUUGAAGUCCACAGAAACCACACAUCAUCAACAAUAUUCAAUGAAGUGAGCCAAACCUCACCUUUCCUUUUAACAAAAUAAUAAACCAUGUUGCCAGUCCUUAAUUAACCUGUGCCUUUCUUAAAUGCUAGUUUGUGCUGUUCUAACACUGCUGUCAGACUCCCUGGCCUGGAGCUGCUCAGUCUGUCCAUUGUCAGAGAGAUACAGCACAGAUACAGGCCCUUCGGCCCACUGGACCCAUCAACCACCCAUUUUUACACUAAUCCAAAAGUGAUCCCAUUUUACUCCCAAAAGCACGGGGAACACCACCACCUGAAAGUUAACUCCAAGCCACACACCAUCCUGACUUGGAAAUAUAUCAUGGUUUGUUCACUGUCACUGGGUCAAAAUCCUGGAACCUCCCUCCUUAACAGCACUGUGAGUAUACCCAUACCUCAAGAAGGCAGCUUACCACCACCUUCUCAAGGCAAUUAGAUAUGGGCAAUUAAAUGCUGUCUCAGCCUCUGAAGCCCUCAACCUUUGAAAGACUAUAUUAAAAAAAUUAUCAUCAAUUCAACCCAGAAUCUACCCUUCACCUACACAUCCAGGACACUUUACAGCAGCCAGUUAACCCACCAACCAUCACAUCUUCAGGAUGUGGUAGGAAAUCAGAGCACCCUGGGGGAAAUCCAUGGGGUCACAGGGAGAACGUGCAAAGGGGGAAGAGCACCAGAGGUCAGGAUGGAACCUGGGUUACUGGGGCUGUGAGGCAGCAGCUUUAUUAAGUGCACCAUUGUGGCUCCCUGUUUAAACAAUGGCGCACACAUCAGCUGUCUUCCAUUUCUCUCACACCACGCCUGUUGGGGAAUAAGCCUGUGCUAUUUCCUGUCUUACUUCUUUUCACAGCCUGGAAUACACUGGUAUCUUAUUCACUCUUAAAGCUGCUUAGAUCAUUCGCUCUGUUCAUCAUUUUCACUAUGUCACGUUCUUCCUCAAUUUUAAUGUCCUCAUCAUACCCUGUCCUGUGAAGAGGGUUCAUUAGUACUUUAUGCACGUCUCCCCCUCCUCACUUAUGCUGUUGUUUCAUCAUAACACCCAGCCUUCCCUUUUUAAUUAUCUUUCCCAUCUUGUACUUGCAGAACAUCUUCAGGUUUUCUUUGAUUUUACCUGUCAAUGCAUUCACAUGCAAUCUCAUUACCCUCCUAGUGCCCCUUUAAAUUCCACCCCUGCACAUUCUCUCCGCUCCACUUCAAGUGUUGGGCUCUCAGUAUCCAUCAUAAGCCUCCCUUUUAGCUCUAUUCUGCCCUGUACGUUCCUUGACAUUUGUGGAGAUCUAGAGUUGGGAGCUCCCCCCUUUUACAUGAUUACUUAUUGAGUAAAAUAGGGCCAAUCCUAAUUUCUAACUUUUACUCUUGGUCUGCCUUGUGCUCUCUACCUUGACACUGUUAAAUCUAAUUAAAAUAUGACCAUUGCCACAGUAUGAUAUCCUCUGCCAUCUUUUUCACAUGUUCAUCCUACAAAACUAAGUGUACUGCUGCUUCCCUCCCUUGUUGGACUUGCUUUGUACUGAUUUCAAAUGCAUUCAAGAGAAAUGUUUUCAAAAUUCUGCUCCUUCCAUACCCUCUACUCUGACAUCGUCCCAGUUAAUGUUAGGAUAGUUGAAUUUCUCAGCUACCAUUGCCUUGUAUUCUUUGCACUCUUCAUAAUUCACCUACAUGUUUUCUCCUCUCAUUCUCUCUCUCUCUCCCUCCCAGAAAUGUGAUUGCCUCUUUCUAUUCCUGAGUUCAUCCUGUACAGCCUCAUUUGUUGGGCAGCUCACAUUUCAGCUCUUUCCCUCUAAAUCCGUAUCACCGACACAGUAAACAGGAGUGGUCUGAGAACAGAAUCCCCCACAACAACACUUCUUCCAACCACUGAAAAGCUGCUGUUUCCUUUCCUCGAACCAGUUUUUAAUCCAGUUUUCCAUCUUCUUAAUUUCACGUUUGAUCUUCCAUGUCGUACCUUGUCAAAGUCUUUUCUAAAUUCCAUUUACAUGACACCCACUCCAUUUCCUCAUCUACCAUUUUAUAUAACACUUCCAAACUCCAGUGUAAACCAGUCCCAACAUGCAGCAUUUUUUUCAUGCUCACCUGCAGAUGUUAACAGCCCUGAUGUUACACCAAUAAGCUCAGCCUCUAUAUUCCUUAAAGAUGCUGUGUGGUCACCUGGCAGAUAGAGCCCCAAGAUGUAAUUUCACAGCCCUCUGAUCUCUCCUUCCUCUCUCACAAACUCAGCAUGAAUCUAAAACUCAUCCCACAGAUCCUAGGGGUUAACCCAAACAAUUUUAUCUAAAUUUGUACUUUCAUUCUUUAUGGUAUUGCAUGAUUUUCCUCCCAUCCAAAAUCUUUUUAGUAAAAACCAAUUCAAAAUAUUUGUUGGAUACAUCUGCCAUUUUAUUGAUUGCCUACAAACAUAACAGGUAACUCUUUUGGGGAGGGAAAUAAAAUCCAUCUUCAUAACAAUAGAAAGGAAGUUUGGACCCAAGGUUAUAACAAGGGAGAGAGGAUAGGCUAACAGAGAGCAGAUUGGACCCAAGAUUAUAAUGAAGGAGAGGAGAAGAUUGGGCUUGGGCUUUUAAUUAGCGAGGAGGAGGUUGGGUGUGGAAUUAUAACGGAGAUUGUUUACCAUUGUAACUUAUCAAAACUCUAAUACAUGAUGGUUCUUUGAUACGUAAUUUAUUUGUGCAUCUUCAUCCACCUGUAUUAUCUGUUCUAUAUUUUGUCUUUCCUCAUGUCGGAAUUGACCCGUUUUUCAUUUUAAAAACUGAUCUUCCUUUGAGUCCCAGUUGCUAACAGUGAACUCAUCAUGAAACAGAAGUGAAAGCAAGAGCUGGCUGAGGUGUGACAGCAAGUAACUUGUUAAUAACUCAAGGGCAACUGUUGAAAACUUGUGAACAUUAGUCACCACCAUCUCCAGUAGGUAGGCAAAGAACAGG